AUGUGUACUACAACAGGGGAUGAAAAUUUAAGAAAAUCAAAUUUGGAACUUGUGUACUCAUUUACUGAUCAUCAACAGCAAACUCUGGACUUGAUGGGUAGCCCUGCAGAGACGCCAGGCUCAGCCCGGAGCUCUAACGAUGAAAAUCCAAGGGUUAAAUUCUUAUGUAGCUUUUCCGGUAGUAUAUUACCACGUCCUCACGAUGGGAAACUCAGAUAUGUAGGUGGUGAUACGCGAAUUGUGAGUGUCCCGCGAGAUAUCAGCUACGAGGAUCUCAUGGGGAGGAUGAGGGAUCUUUUUGAAGGGGCCACCAUGUUAAAAUAUCAGCAGCCCGAGGAGGAUCUUGAUGCUCUUGUUUCAGUUGUGAAUGAUGAUGAUGUUACUAAUAUGAUGGAAGAGUACGACAAGUUAGGCUCGGGUGAUGGGAUAACGAGGUUAAGGAUUUUUUUGUUUUCGCAUUCUGAUCAAGAUGGCUCAGUGCAUUUUGGUGAUGGUGAUGAAAGGGAUAACGAGAGGAGGUAUGUGGAUGCAUUGAACAACCUUAAUGAAACUCCCGAAUUCAGGAAUCAGUCUGCCGAGUCUCUGGAGAUGGAGCUGUUAGAUGAUCUUUAUGUUACCGAGCAGUAUUUUAAUCAGAUGAAUCUGGAUGUUGGCAUCCAUGGUCAGAGGAAUCCAGAGCUGUCAAUGCCUCCAGUAAACUUAGCAAAUCUUACAAUUCCUCAUAUGGGUUCGGGGUUACCCCAAAUGGAAGCUCCAUGGAGUCCUGCAUACUAUUCGCCCAGGCAACCCGGGCACCUUGACCAAAGACCAGUAGUUGAUUUUCCACCUUCGCCUUCAUCUGUUCGUUACCGGACUCCAUAUGGGGAGUUUCUAGACAAAAGUUUUGAUAGAAUGCCUGAGGAACACAAUCUACCUCCAAUGCAUCAUCAGUCAAUACACGAUCAGCAGCCACAGUACACAGAAAGGGCUGGUUUUCCUGGUAACAUACUUCAUGGCCACAAUGUUUAUGAAGGAAACAGUAUAUGCGAGCAUUGUCGAAUGACAUUUCAAAGAAAUCAAGUCUAUCCUGAUUCCCUUUGGAAGCCUGGAGAACAGCCACAUUUAGAGCCACCAAACUUGGGGAAUGGAUAUCAUGCAAUUCCUAAUACUUAUGCUGAAUGUCCCCCAAACAAGGAAAUGUACAUGCUGAAUGCAGAUGCUAACACGCACCAUCCAUACUGCUCGAGGGAUCCAACUGAUCCUCGAGCACUGUAUAAUGAGACUCAUGGUCACGAAAGAGGACGGGUAUUACUGCAUCAAUCUGUUCCUCUGCCUGAGGAACUGCAUGUUUCCAUGCCUGCAAGACCUAUUGAACGCUACAUUGUGGAUAAUGGCACGAGUAUUCCUCUUGGGCAUGGUAAUAUAUGUGAUGAGCACCACGUGCAAUCUCCUUAUACCCAUCGUGAAGACCCACGUUAUGUCCGAGCUGGGGCAGACUUCGGAAGUCAAGUGUUACAAGACCAAACUUUGGCAUCUGGAUCUCAGAUUCAAGUUCCUAACUAUGCAUAUGGAGCCGAUAAUUUGUACCAGGUGCCUCAUGGUCAUAUACCUGUGCAUGCUUUAAGGAGAAAUGCUCAUAGCCCAUUUCAAGGGGUCCCAUCUGGCGAAACAUCUGUUUCUCCUCAGGUAGCAAACGGCUGUAUCAGUAAUGGAUUUAUAAGUGGUGCAGUAGAGGGUAAUCCCAGCUUACGAACUGGGUUGGAAAGCCAGAUUCCUUGCAUUGAGUCGUCAAGAAAGGCAGUGGGCCCCCAAGGGUCUCUUGUGCCAGAAUAUCCCCACAGCCAAAUAGCAAAUUUGGUUUCCAACGCUUGCACUCAGGAAAAUCAGCCUCUUUAUACUCGUCAACCCUCCCAUUCUGGCACCCAUUUGGCCUCUGACAUGACUAAUUUUGCAACUUCUGUGGAUCCUUUUACAAAGUUUGAUUCAGAACUAUUUUUUGAUGAUAAGUUGGUCCCUCAAAAUAUCUUUGGAUUAGGCUCAAGGAAUGACACAGUUACUGGAUCAGUCAGGAUUGCUGAUUUCUGGAAGGAGGCUCUGAUAUUGAGUUCAUUGCACCAUCCAAAUGUUGUUUCUUUCUAUGGCGUAGUUCGUGAUGGCCCUGAUGGAUCUUUAGCAACAGUGACAGAGUUCAUGGUCAAUGGAUCUUUGAAACAAUUUCUGCAGAAAAAGGACAGAACAAUCGAUCGGCGCAAGCGACUUAUUAUAGCUAUGGAUGCUGCAUUUGGGAUGGAGUACUUGCAUGGCAAGAAUAUUGUCCAUUUUGAUCUAAAAUGUGAAAAUCUGUUGGUAAAUAUGCGGGAUCCACAUCGACCAGUUUGCAAGAUUGGCGAUCUCGGCUUAUCAAAGGUGAAACAACAAACUUUAGUGUCGGGAGGUGUCCGUGGGACUCUACCUUGGAUGGCACCUGAGCUCUUGAGUGGAAAAAGUAACAUGGUAACAGAAAAGAUCGACGUUUAUUCAUUUGGGAUUGUCAUGUGGGAAUUGCUUACUGGCAAUGAACCAUAUCCAGAUAUGCAUUGUGCUUCUAUAAUUGGAGGGAUAGUGAACAACACAUUACGCCCUCAAAUUCCAACCUGGUGUGAUCCCGAAUGGAAGUCAUUGAUGGAAAGUUGUUGGGCGCAUGAUCCAGCUCAGAGACCGUCAUUUUCAGAAAUAUCGCAGAAGUUGAGAAAUAUGGCUGCGGCUAUGAAUCUGAAAUGA